AUGGCCGACCAGAAAGACCUGGCGGCUGGCAGCCCUACACCUAAGGGCGUAGAAGGCGAUCACCUCGAAAACGGCGUACCAGCAGCUCAGCACGUGGAUCUGAACACUAAUCUUGAAGCCAAGAUCAAGAACCCUCUGAAGGGCAUCCCUCGAGAACAGCUUAUGAAAGAUGUCGAGGCCUUCGCUCACGAGAAAGACCUCGUGGAGUACAUCCCGCUCCUGCGCAAGGGUGCCCUCGUCGCCCAGGACCCUGCGAACGCCGAGAACAUCGACGGGCCCGAGGCCCUCGACGAGGUCGAGAAGGCGGCGCUCCGGUUCGAGGUCGAACACAAGUGGCGCAUGCCCUGGAGACUCUUCCUAACCAUCGCGACGUGCUCGAUUGGCGCCGCCGUGCAAGGAUGGGACCAGACGGGCUCCAAUGGCGCAAACAUUUUCUUCCCACAGGAGUACGGCAUCGCUGGCAAAGACGUUCGAUCGCGCAUAAUUCUCGGGCUGGUGAACGCAGGACCCUAUAUCGGUAGCGCCUUCAUUGGUUGCUGGUGCUCAGAUCCUGUGAACAACUGGUUUGGUCGUCGUGGUGUUAUCUUCAUCUCAGCUCACUUCUGUAUCUGGCCUGUCAUUGGUUCCGCCUUUAGCAACAACUGGGAACAGCAGCUCAUUAACCGUUUGUUGAUGGGUAUAGGCAUGGGUAUCAAAGCUUCAACAGUGCCUAUCUAUGCUGCUGAGAAUGCCCCUGCCGCUAUUCGUGGUGCUCUGGUCAUGUCUUGGCAAAUGUGGACUGCUUUCGGUAUCUUCCUCGGCACGGCAAUCAACCUGGCACUGUACAAUGCGCCUCAUAACUGGCGACUGAUGCUCGGCGCCCCCUUCAUCCCCGCCGUCCCUCUCCUCUGCCUCAUCUACCUCUGCCCAGAAUCUCCGAGAUGGUUGAUGAAGAAGAAUCGAUAUGCAAAGGCCUGGAGGAGUAUGAACCUGCUCCGCCACAACCCACUCCAGGUCGCUCGGGACAUCUACUAUAUCCAUGCACAGCUUACCAUUGAGAUGCAACUCACUAAGAACAGCACAUACGCGCAGCGAUUUGGCGAGCUCUUCACCAUCCCUCGCGUGCGACGAGCAAACGUGGCUGCUUUCACAGUCAUGAUUGCCCAGCAGAUGUGUGGUAUCAACAUCAUCGCCUUCUACUCGACUACUAUCUUCCAAGAGGCCGGAUACGAUGACUUCAAGGCCUUGAUCUUCUCAUUUGGAUUUGGACUCACAAACUUCCUCUUUGCCUUCCCUGCUUUCUGGACCAUUGAUACCUUUGGACGCCGAUCCCUGCUUCUCUUCACAUUUCCCCAGAUGACCUGGACCCUGCUAGCAGCUGGUCUGUGUACUUUAUUAGACAGGGAGAGCACGGCGCGAACAGCCUUGGUAGCUCUCUUCGUUUUCUUGUUCGCUGCAUUCUACUCCCCUGGUGAAGGUCCUGUUCCUUUCACAUACUCGGCCGAGGUCUAUCCUCUGUCACACCGUGAGGUCGGCAUGGGUUUCGCUGUCGCCACUUGUCUGUUCUGGGCAGCUGUGCUUGGAAUGACGUUCCCCUUCCUACUAGAGGAGGCCGGAACCGUUGGAGCAUUUGGCUGUUAUGCUGGGUUCAACGUCGUGGCGUUCAUCAUGAUAUUCUUCCUGGUGCCCGAAACAAAACAGCGGACUUUGGAAGAACUUGACUACGUCUUCGCCGUUCCCAUCCGAAAGUUUGCCCAAUACCAGCUCGGCCAUGCUCUUCCGUACUGGUUCAAGCGAUGGGUCCUUUUCCAGCGUAACGCAAAGCUUGAGCCACUCUACCACCACGAGAACGAGGAUCAUGAGGUGGUGGCUCAAGACAGCGGCCCAGGCUCUGAUGGCGAGAAGAAGGUAUUGUAA